AUAUAAUAUUUGUAUAGAUUAAAGAUCGCAUAUGGGGCCAAAAAAUGUUGCAUCCUAAAAAAAUAUAAAAAAUAAAAAAAAGUUUUCAAAAUCAGUUUACAGAUAAUAACUAUCGAUUGCAAUUAGAUACAAACAGACGAUAUGCUUCGAUUCACUGGUCGUAUACCGAAUGGGAUACUAUUAAAAGUGAGGACGAGUCGAACUUCAUUCACAUUAUCCCAAAUAAGUUCCCAUAUCCCCAUCUCAUCUAUAUGUUCAUCUCCUUCAUUUUUAACAACCAAAUUUUAUUCAACUUCCAAACCAGAUGAUUUAGAGAAAUUACUUUCUGAAAUAGAACACAAUGUUAGUAAAACUACUAAAGACGACAUUACUUCUAGUGAAGGUGAAGUGAAAGAAGAGGAGCUUGAGUUAGAUAUGAAUAAAAUAAACCUGUUAUUAGAUGAUCAUUUCAAUUCAUUACAAGAUCAAAAUAAACCAGAUGAAUCAUCAUCAUCAUCAUCAUCUCCAGAAUCUCCAGAAUCUCUUGGUGUUAAAGAUAAAGUGAAAGAAAUCGAUAUACUAGAUAAAUUCCUCCAAGAUGAAUAUGCUCAUACUUUGAAAGAACAAAAUCAAGAAACCGAAACGAAAGAUUAUACUAAGGAGGAUGCAUUUCAAGAUUUCUUUAAAGAUUUAAAUCUUGGUAAUGACUUUGCACCAGUAUCCAAUUUUGAGAAUGAAUUAUUCAAUACCAGAAAGUUAAUGGAAACCACUAAUAACGAUCAUGAAACUGAUUUAGAUCAUGAUGAAACUUCCAAUAGAGAGACUGAUGAUUUAUUUGGUCAUGAUUUCUUGGAUAUGGGAAAGAAAAGACAUGUUAUAAAUAGUAGAAAUCAAGAAGAAAAGGAAACCUUAGCUAAUUUAUUCCAAUCAUUACAACGAGAUGAUGAUUCAUCAAGACCUAGUGUGGAAGAAAACCGUGCGUUAUGGAGUCAUAAACAUGCCAUGAGAGAAACAAGAGAACAAUUCGAUCGUACCUUAAGUAGUACUCGUAUUGGUCUUUCCACCAGAUAUAUGAAAGAAUUAAAUAAACAAGUUCAAGAAGCCUUAGAUCCCACACUUCAAUAUAUAAAUGGGUUAGAAUCAUCUUCUGCCAUUGUCGAUUAUUAUAAUCAUCUUAUAGAAGAAUGGUAUAACAAUGCUGAUAAAAUCAAACAUGAUGAAACAUUAUUUGAAACUGUUUAUCUUCAUAAAUUAUUAAGAGAAUCAACCUUAGAUGAAAAACAUCAAUCCUUCAUAAAUGAAAUUAAAUUAAAAACCGAACAAGAUGCUCAACAACCAAUCUUAAACGCAUUAACCUUUUCCGUCAUAUUCAAUCAUAUUUUACGAACUUUAGCAUUCAAACAUCAUGAUGGUUUAACUGCCUUAUCAUUAUACAAUAUCUUAAAGAAAGAUUUGGAAUUAUAUACUAUCAUAUGUAAUCAAGAGACUUAUAAUGAAAUCCUUCGAAUUCUUUGGAUAUUCAGAGGUAAAAUAGACUUGUAUGCCUUUGAAAUGGCAUACCUUGAAAUGAAGCAUUGUGGAUUCAUUGGAGAUUAUAAGACCUUCAACAUCGUCAAACAAGUGUUAUUAGAUUAUUAUCAAUUAAGAUUUGGUAAAGCAGAAGGAAUCAACGGUGAAAAUAGAAUUCCAAUCUGGUCUUUAGAAGAGAAUAACAGAAGUAAAGCCUUAGAAGGUCGUUUAAGACAAUUAUUUAAUCGUCUUUCCAUAGAUACUUCGAUGGUAAAUCGUAUAUUAUAAGUAAAUAGAUAUAGUUGUAUAUAAUUAAUAUCCUGUAUAUAAGAAAGCACUCCAAAUUUAACUUUCCUGUAAAAACUAUAUUUAGCCAAAAAAAUAAAAAAAAAAAAAAAA